AAACUAAUGAUUUGUCUCUGUAACUGAAAAUGGUCAGUCUAACAGACUGCUGUGAAUUUAAAUCUGAAUAAGUACCUUUAACAGUUCUAACACCUUUUGUUCUGUUUUCACACCUCUGAGGGCACUUUUCCUGUAUUCGCCAUGGCUGAGUCUGCACAAAACAAAGGCAAUAGUCAUGCAUUGAGGCCAACAAAAGAAAGACAUGGAACAGAACCUCCAAAUGAUACCAUUGAUCAGAUGUUGGAGAAUCUGAAUGCAUAUCUGGACAAAAGGCUGGGACUGAGGAAGUGCCAUGAUGACAUCUGCCAGAAGUACAGCAUCAAGUACUCAGAGAGUGGACUAUGGGCUUUGCCGGACAUUAAAAGGGCUUAUGGAAAGAUGCAGCGCUUAAGGACAUACACCAACAGAGAUGGCUUGUCUGUAAUUUUGCUCAAACAAAUUCGACAGCAUCUACAGAGAUGUGAAACUGACAAAUUACAACAUGAGAAAAAAGCAGAGAAAGCAAAGGUUCGAGCACUGGCUGAACAAUUACAGACUGUAAAGAAGGACAAAGAAAGACUGUUACAUCAGAAUGACAAGUUGUUAACUUUGCUCUCCAAACGACUGGAAUCAAAAGCUUCAAGCAGCUCUGAUAACAGUGAUGCAGAUAUCAACACACAUACUGAAAUUACAAAGGACAAACUGAAGGUUAGACUUGCUCCUGUAAUUAUUAAGAACAGAAGAACUGAAACUGAAAAUGAAGAGGAGUAUGAGGAAGAUGGUGAUCGACGAACUCGCACAGUAAAAAAGGUAAUAAAGAAAUAUGUUCCAUACAGAACAUACCAGCCAGCUACUCCAGAGCAAGUUGACAAAUGGUCAAAAGAAUUGCCAGAUGUGUACAAGCAACCACGGAAAGUAUGGCAAUUUCUUCAACGCUUGCAGAAAAUCUACAAUUUACAUCCACUGGACAGUGUGAUGAUUGUUAAUGUGAACUUAAGAGACAAUGACCAACAACGACUUACAGAAAGUGUUGAAAGAAGGAUUGGUGAAUCUCAAGAAAACAUUGAAGCUGGAUGGGAAGCGGUUCAAACCUUCUUAUUUGAACUGAAACCUGCAGAGGUUAAUUGGGCUAAAAUUACCUCUUGUGUGCAGAAGACAGGAGAAAGUGUUGCAGAAUUUGAAGAACGCUUCAGACAAACUUGGAUGGAACAUGCUGGUUUGAACAACAACAUUGAAGAACUCUGUGAAGACACUAGCAUCCCUUUUAAAACCAUAUUUGUGAAUGGACUGAAACCUGAGGUUUCUAAAACUCUUAAAAUCAGGUAUGAUGACUGGGACAGCACUGGAACAACAUUUAUGCAGAUUGUAGAAUGGUCAGCAAAGAUUGAAAGAACACAGGAAGUCGAUCUCAGAGUUUUACAAUCCAAAACCUUGUCAUACAACAACAGGACAAUGGGAUACGAAAAAAGUGAAUAUCAGAGACACUCAAGAGAGAAAAAUCAGGAAAGAUUUAGACAUUGCAACGAGGAAGGACACUGGAUUCGUGAUUGUAAGCUGAGUUUGAGACAAAGUGAUGACGACCACCUGUUGAAGAGGUUUCAGCAGUUGACAGCCAAACAAAAACAGACUCUGCUAAAUGCUGUGGAGCCACAGGGAAACUGAAGAACCUCUCUCUGCAGCACCAGCUAGUGACAUCUUAUCCAAAAGCUGAUGGACUCCAUGAAACCUCAACAACUGAAGCCACAGAGGAUGUCCUAGUAGACAGUGCUGCUAAACAAGCCGUAAAGGAGAGAGGUAAACAUUCAGCGGCACUAAGACAACUUCAGCAAAACUCACAAACUGUUCUACAUAGUAAACAGAUUCAAAUUGAAUUGGCCAGGAAACAAUCAUCAUUGUUAAUGGAAGAUGUAAAAAAACAUGAUGACAACCGAUGCCUUAAGGAAAACCACAAGGAAAAUGGACUAUGCCCUUUUGAACAUGUCACAGGCCGGCCCAUGUCCACUGAAAAUCUAACAUCUGACAGCCUUGUCCAAACUGAUGAAAGACUCAGUCUGGCAGUACACAAUGCCAAGAAUCAAGUUUUGGCACCUCCAAAAGGGAGCCAUGGUUUAGUGCCCAACAAAUGGGUAAAGAUUAAAAAAACUGAUGUGUCGCAACAAGAAUACAGAUGGGAAAGACCAAUUGAGGAUCUUUUAGUAACUGACACAGCAGUUAAGGCACAGGGAAACAAUGAGUGGAUUGAUUUGAAUUUGCCUAGAGAUGAGGGAUAGAUGGCAGUAGUGUUUUUCAGAGUCCAAAUAUGGUGGGACUAGAGUUUUUAGGCUCUAGCUUGUCGCCUGAGGACGAAGACAUGAACAUUUCACCACUGAUAAACACUGUAGUGUCCUGCCAACAUUAAAUAGGGACAGUUAUAUUGGUAAUUAGGCAUAUUUUGUUUAAACUAUUUCUUUGGAAAGAUUUGUUUCCCUUUUCUCUGGUGUGAUUGUAGGUGUCCCAGCGUUUCAGAGGAUGAGCAAAGAUAUCCAACGCUUGGACCAAACUGCACUGGCCACCUAGAUAAACAUGCCUUAACAUCCACAGAACACAACAACAUUCGUCAUUUCCACAAGAUCGCAACAUUAAAAUAAAAAAAAAGAACUUAGGCAUUAAAGAUAAUGCAAACCUCACCAUGAACUCUUAUUCUGUCAUCUUAAGUAAGGGAGCCUGUAUGCAGCAUUCUGUAUUCAUGAUUACUGAAAAGUAUUGCAAGAAGAAACCUGUAUACAGCAUGUGUACAUGACUACUAAAAUUAUAACUGUUUUGUAUGUUCUUUCUAUUAUGUGUGAUCAAAAAUGAUCAAAGGGGGGAUUGAUCAUUUAGCAU